AUUGCUCACUCAACACCAAACCACGUUACUUUUGAAAUCGACACAAACAAUCUCGCGCCUCGGGUUAUGUUGCAGUCUUGAUUCUGUGAUUGAGCCCAUUCUGAAGAAUUGGUGUGGUUCUGCAUCACCGUCAUAGCUUCCGAAGUGCUCCCCAAGACCCCACCAUAAUUGACUUCAAAACGCAGGGUCAAACAACCCAAGAUCUCAAACGUAGUUGUUGAAGACAUCUUGAUCGAUCCAGUCCGUAUUAUCUUCACUACGAAGACAACUCAGAAUGGCUUCACUGUCAACCAUAGCUCCUAAUCUCGGCGCAUUCAUCGUUCUCCCCACCGAGAUCAGAACCAGAAUCUACGGCUUGGUCCUAGAUUUCAACUGGGCCAAUUACCCAUCUCCACAGAAAAAUUGGACCACUUCAUCCCAAGACCUAACAGCAUACCUUUCCAGCGAAGAUGGCCAAACCGACCCUCCAUCCAAGAAUCGGGUAUCUCUUCUGCGAACAUCGAAGACUAUAUAUGAGGAAGCAGUUAUCGUUCUGGUGCAGGUAAAUCCCUUUCGAAUCCAUAUCGAGAGGGGGGAAUGCCAGGUAUGGGGAGUCACACACGAUGAGGCGAAGCCGGAAAAUUGGGAUUUUAAUUUGUUUGCGGAAUUCCCUUUCCGUAUUAGCUAUCUGGAGCUGGAUCCACGAGAUCCGUUUCUGCGUCGUGGGCUGUUUGAGAAGCUGCGGGAUCUCAAUCUAAGGCUAACGCUUGUCGAAGAGUCUGACAUCUUCCCUAUCGAGAAGGAGGAGAAUGGCGUUGGCAUGUGCGAGCUAACUCCGUUCAUGACGCUCUUGGCUCCAAUGAUCAAAAAUCUGAAAGAGGGUGCGCUGAAGAGAUUUAUUUUCACGAUUGUCAGCAAAGAGAAGGAGCGUGGCAGUGUUGAGCUAGUGCUUGAUAUGAUUGCGAGCUUUCGGGGUUUGACGUAUGCUAGCGUCAAUGCUUUCAAUUCCUACAGAGGCAGGGAGCCGGGCUGGCGGUUGAAGAGAGACUAUAAGGAUCAUCUUGUGGGCGCUAUGAAGCUACCAAAGGGAGUGGCGGCCCCGGAUUGGGUACCAGGAGACGAAGAGUCGCCAGAUGCUUUCUCUAUCUUUGAGGUCGAUUAGGCGGAGGACGAUUGCAAUGACAGUUCAGAGAGGAUGGCUUGAAUGCCCGCAUCUUGUCCGUGGCGGCGGGAAACACGAAGCGGGUGAGAGAAAUGUAAGUGUACGCUUUGGAUUUGCAGCAGAUGUAUAUGUUGAAGCAGUUCUAACAACUCUCACAA